CGCCGCAUAUUCAGGGGGCCGGGCCCGCUGUGUCCCAGAGCCGCCAGCGCCGCGCGGAGCCUCAGCCGUCGGUGCGGCGUGGACCCGGCCCUUUCCUCCUCCGCCCGCCGCCGCCAUGGCCGCCGCGGCCGCCCCCCGCAGCCUCCUCGUCCUGCUCCAGGUGCUCGGGCUCGCCCUAGCGCAGAUGAGAGGUCCGCCAGGAGAGCGAGGCCCCCCGGGUCCCCCGGGGCCGCCGGGAAUGCCAGGAUCCGACGGCAUCGAUGGUGACAAGGGGCCCCCUGGGAAAGCUGGCCCUCCGGGACCUAAGGGAGAGCCUGGCAAAGCGGGGCCCGACGGGCCGGAUGGGAAGCCGGGGAUUGACGGUCUCACUGGAGCCAAGGGGGAACCUGGCCCUGUUGGCAUCCCUGGAGUCAAGGGCCAGCCCGGGCUCCCAGGUCCGCCUGGCCUGCCGGGCCCUGGCUUCGCUGGACCUCCUGGGCCACCUGGACCUGUCGGCCUCCCUGGUGAGAUUGGAAUCACCGGCCCCAAGGGGGAUUCUGGACCAGAGGGACCAUCAGGGCCCCCGGGACCCCCUGGGAAACCGGGCCGCCCCGGAACCAUCCAGGGCCUGGAGGGCAGCGCGGAUUUCCUGUGUCCAACCAACUGUCCAGCGGGUGUGAAAGGCCCCCAGGGGCUGCAGGGAGUGAAGGGGCAUCCUGGGAAACGCGGGGUUCUGGGAGAUCCCGGCCGCCUUGGGAAGCCGGGCCCCAAAGGAGAUGUAGGUGCUUCCGGAGAGCAAGGCAUCCCUGGACCACCGGGUCCCCAGGGUGCCAGGGGCUACCCAGGCAUGGCGGGGCCCAAAGGAGAGACGGGUCCUCGUGGGUACAAAGGCAUGGUGGGCUCUGUUGGCACCGCUGGGUCUCCGGGUGAGGAAGGUCCUCGAGGGCCACCAGGCCGAGCUGGCGAGAAAGGCGACGUGGGAAGCCAAGGUGUUCGAGGACCCCAGGGAAUAACAGGCCCAAAGGGAGCAGCUGGUCCCCCAGGCAUCGACGGCAAGGACGGGACCCCAGGCACACCUGGCAUGAAGGGCAGUGCAGGACUGGCGGGGCGGCCAGGAAACCCAGGCCACCAGGGCCCAGCGGGUGUGCCAGGCCAGCCCGGGACCAAAGGAGGCCCAGGAGACAAGGGUGAGCCAGGCCAGCAGGGCCUCCCUGGAGUCUCUGGUCCCCCUGGGAAGGAGGGAGAGCCCGGGCCUCGAGGAGAAAUCGGUCCCCAGGGCAUCAUGGGGCAGAAGGGUGACCAGGGUGAGAGGGGGCCCGUGGGGCAGCCAGGCCCUCAAGGACGGCCGGGCCCCAAGGGGGAGCAGGGGCCUCCGGGAAUUCCAGGACCACAAGGCCUGCCCGGCAUCAAGGGAGACAAGGGCUCCCCAGGGAAGACCGGGCCCCGCGGCGGAGUGGGCGACCCGGGAGUGGCCGGCCUCCCGGGCGAGAAAGGCGAGAAGGGCGAGUCUGGCGAGCCGGGGCCCAAGGGACAGCAAGGCGUCCGCGGAGAACCCGGCUACCGCGGCCCCAGCGGGGAUGCGGGCGCCCCCGGGGUGCAAGGCUACCCCGGCCUCCCCGGCCCCCGAGGACUGGCUGGAAACCGCGGCGUGCCCGGGCUGCCCGGGAGGCAGGGCGUGGCGGGCCGAGAUGCCAGCGACCAGCACAUCGUGGACGUGGUGCUGAAGAUGCUGCAAGAGCAACUGGCAGAGGUGGCUGUGAGUGCCAAGAGGGAAGCCCUGGGUGCAACCGGCAUGAUGGGUCUCCCAGGACCCCCUGGGCCUCCUGGUUACCCAGGCAAACAGGGACCUCAUGGGCAUCCUGGCCCUCGGGGCGUUCCUGGCAUCGUGGGAGCCGUGGGUCAGAUUGGCAACACAGGGCCCAAGGGAAAACGAGGAGAGAAGGGUGACCGGGGGGACAUGGGACGUGGGCACCCCGGGAUGCCUGGGCCCCCAGGGAUCCCAGGACUCCCUGGCCGGCCUGGCCAGGCAAUCAAUGGCAAAGAUGGAGACCGAGGGUCCCCAGGAGCCCCGGGAGAGGCAGGCCGGCCUGGCCUGCCAGGCCCUGUGGGGCUGCCAGGUUUCUGUGAGCCUGCAGCCUGCCUUGGAGCCUCAGCCUACGCCUCUGCACGCCUCACAGAGCCUGGAUCCAUCAAGGGCCCGUGAGCAGCAGGCCAGGACAGAGCCCAGCAGGCAUCCCGGGGACAAGGAAUAGGUCCCCUCUGGAUAGACAUGCAACCCAUCCCUCAGCCCCGGAAACGAGCCUUCCUAGGACCUCUCUCUGGGACCAGGAAGGAGUCUUGAGGAAAAGAAAAUUCUAAAACAUGAGGGAAGGGGAGGGCAUUGGAGUGAAAAGGUGAGGCCAAAGGACAGGGCAAGUGUCCCUGGAGAGUCCAAGCUCCACAGAGGAUGGGGUGGCUUCCCUUCCUGGAGCAUAAUUCAGAUGUUACCAAAACAAGCAUCUCCUUA